AGGAGUGGCGACGUGCACUUCACUUGCUGCAGACCAUGAUCCUUGAAGAGCUCCAGCCAGACACCAUCAGUUACAACAGCGUGAUCAAUGCUUGCGAAAAGGAUGGCCAAUGGCAGCAAGCUCUCCAUUUGCUGUUUGCAAUGAAGAUCGUGCAAUUGGAGCCCGAUGUCAUCAGCUUCAGCUCCUCUCUCAGCGCCUGUGCCAAAGAAAGUCGCUGGCUGACAGCUUUGCAACACCUCCAAUGGAUGCGAUUGGCCCAGGUGAUCCCAAAUGUGGUUACAUUGACAGCUGCAAUCACUGCAUGUGAGGGCCACCUCCCAGAUAUGUCGCUCGCCCUCCUUGAUAUGAUGUUCCAAGUGCAAAUUCAGCCAAAUGAAAUUGCUUAUACUUCCGCAAUCAGUGCAUGUGCUGCAGAUGAUGACUGGUGGGCUGCUUGCUCCUUGUUAGAGGAAAUGAACACUGUAGCUUUGGAGCCUGGCAUCGUCAGCUACGGCGCAGUUCUAAAGGCAUUACCAGGAAGAUGGCUCUGGGCGGCACAAUUGCUCCGCAACGCCAACGAGUUGACGAUAAGGAUGAAUGAGGUGGCAUGUACCGCUGCCAUCGCUGCCACCAAGAAGACCAAGAAGUGGAAAAUGGUGCUGCAGACACUGCAAGAUGUCAUCGGCACGCACCUGGACAUGGAUUUGGCAAGCAUGGCCAUUACCUGCAUCGAGGAUCAAUGGCAGCAUGCUUUGAGAUUUCUGGGUGAGGCACGACCUCGCAGUCUGGAAGUGGAUCUCGUGGCUCAGAACGCAGUCCUCAGUGCAUGCGACCAAUGGUUCAAAAGCAUACAGCUCUUCAAUGAUGCACUGCCGGCGAUGGGAUUUGAGCUUGAUUCUGUGUCCAGUGGAAGUGUUUUGACUGGCUAUGCACGAGGCCGGAAUUGGCAGCGUACGCUGCACUUGUUGGCGUGGAUGAGGUCUAGGAGUGUGACAGAUGAUAUCACUUGCACCGCUGCGGUCAGUGCAACUGCGGAUGUCAAGUCCAGCUCUUUCUUUUUAGUUGACCUCGAUGCCCGCUUAGUAUUGCAUUGUCAUGACGUCCACUUCAGCUGAGUUUGUUGUGUUCCAAGACAAAAUCGCCAUGAAUCUUCUGAGGCAUGCACCACGGGCGGUCUUUGGGAACAAGCCUUGAGAGUUUUAAGCUCAGCAAGAUCGGCCGCCAUGCACCGGCUGGCAAGUCUCACCGCUCUUCACUUCUAGGAGAAGCUUGAAGCUUGAUGCUGGACAGGUCUGGCUGCAGCAGCCAAGUCUGCCAAAAUGCAGCCCAAGCUUUAUUGAAUUUUCGUUUUACUGCAGCAUGCUGCCUUAAGCUGAAGCUUGCGGUUCCGCAAGUAUAUAUGACUACUGUAACGUCCUGUAGAUCAAAAUCCCUUGGUGCGAGGAGCUUUCUGUUAGAGGACAGAUGUGCUGAGGAAUGAGGAAAAUUUGGCAGACCAAGCACUGGCACUGCUACAGUACACUGCUAGACUGCCAGAACGGACAAAACCCAGUUAUAGUCCCCUCGAUGCGAUAUCUUGCAGAAGUGGCACGCGACCUGUAGAUUUGGCUUCCUGCGAGGGCAGACCAAAUUUUUGUAGUCACAACCUGGGAAAGUAGCAGAGCACACUAUUGCCUCAUGGAAUGGUGCUGAAAGAGCUACAUGGAGUUCAUCCCGCCUCCAACUGGGCUGAUACAAGCAUUGUUGGAAUUGAAGCCACCAGUAGACCAGGAAGAUGUCUGCCAACUGUUGGAGCCGCGCGUGGCUGACCUGCUGCUCGAUCGCAACAUAUAAGUUAUUGGGGCCAGGCAAGCAUGUUGUUUACUCAGGCUCAAGCGCCCCGAUUUGUCUACGCAUGUGUUGCGAAGUUUAGCACGAAGACGGCGCCAUGACUUAUCGCAACAAAUGCUCCAAGCCAUGGCCAGCGCUCAUCUCGAGGCGGAGAUUUCGUGCUCGUGUCAAUGUCC